AUGGCGGCGGCGUUCGCGUCGGCGACGUGGGCGACCCCGGGCGUGAGGACCGCGCGCGUCCUCCCCCGCGCGGUCGCCGCGCGCGUCGCGGCGUCCGCGACCGCUCCGGGGCGCCUCCGCGUCCACGGCGGCCUCGCCGCGUCGGCGGCGUCGUUCGCGUCGUCGUCGUCGCCGUUCAUGGCUCGCGGCGCGCGCACGCGCGCGGACGCGUUCGCGAUCGCGGCGAAGCGCAUGGCGAAGCAGACCAAGUCGCCGAACCGCCGCGCGAGAGCCGCGGCGGCGUCGUUCCGGGAGACGGGCCUGGACGACGAGCUCUGCGCCGCGACAGACGCGCUCGGGCUCGAGACGCCGACGGACAUCCAAUCCGUCGCCAUUCCCCGAAUCUUACGCGGCGGCAACUACAUGAUCGCCUCGCACACCGGCUCCGGGAAGACGCUGACGUACUUGCUUCCGAUCAUCCACCGCAUACGCCGAGAAGAGAACGCGACCGUCGGCGGCGGCCGAGCGCGGCCGAAGCGACCGAGGGUGCUCGUCGUCUCCCCGACGCGCGAGCUCGCGGAGCAAGUCGCCGGCGUCGCCAAGAGCCUGUCGCACCACGCGAGGUUCUCCUCCGCGCUCGUGAUUGGCGGAGAUAAGUUCGCGACGCAGCGGACGCAGCUCGACCGGUCGUUGGACGUCGUCGUCGGCACCCCCGGGAGGCUCGUGAAGCACGUCAAGGAGGGGAACAUGUAUUUGGGGCGAGUCACGCACGUGGUGCUCGACGAGGCGGACACGCUCUUCGAAGCCGGGUUCGGGGACGACAUCAGAGUGCUCCUCGGGCCGCUGCAGAAGAAGCCGGAGGGGAAGAGCUGCGUGAUCGUCUCCGCGACGAUGUCGGACAAGGUCGUGAAGACGAUCGAAGAAGACUUGCCCGGGAUUGAGAAGAUCGACACGCCGUCUUUGCACCGCGCGGCGCCAAACUUGAAGCACAAGUUCGUGGACUGCCCGGGGUCGAUCGAUAAGAUGGCGGUCGUGACGCAGCUCAUCGAGGGCGACUUCAGGGCGGGGAAGAAGACGAUGGUGUUCGCGAACACGAUGCCGUCGUGCCAGGCUGUGGAGUACGCGCUCGUGGAGGCGGGGCUCCCCGUGGUGAUGUACAACGGCGACAUGACGUCGGAGAAGAGAGCGGAGAGCAUGGAGGCGUUCGUGAGCGGCGCCGCGGAGGAUAACUCCCUCGUCGUCAUGGUGUGCACGGAUCUCGCCGCGCGCGGGUUAGAUUUCGGCGGGGACUCCAAGUCGAAGGUGGACCACGUCGUGAACUUUGACUUCCCGAUGAACGCGGUCGAUUACUUGCAUCGCAGCGGACGCACCGCGCGCGCGGGCGCGCCGGGGAAAGUGACCAACCUCGUCGCGAAGAAGGACCGCGUGUUGGCCGGCGAGAUCGACGUCGCGGUCAAGCUCGGGAACCCGCUGGACGGCGCGACGAGCAGCAAGAUCCGGCGCGGGCCAUCGGAAGAGGGGGGCGAGGCGAGAGCCGCGGCGGGCGCGGCCGGUCGUCGAGCCGCGGCGGCCGCGGCGGGCGAGGGGGCGGACGCGGCGCGUCCGUGGGUGGGGAACGAGUGA